CCCUUGCCACAUAGAUAUUUUGCCCGGUGGUAAACGUGCUGUGGGCGGACUAGGUACAUUUUGAUGAGUAUGGUAGACUUGGCCUAUCUGCCCCAAUGUUGUCGAUUUUGACCAGAACCCCAGCAAGCAAUGAUCACGUCGCCUCCUCCAUGGGCAGCAACACGAAAACAACGGCCCAGAUGCUAUUGAGGCAGUCCCGCAGCAGGCAAGCCCGCCAGGCCAUCGUCUCGCUUGCCGUCGGCCUCUGCAUCUACCACAUGGCGCUGUGGCUGAUGGGGCGAAGAAGAUGCACGUCGCUGGACAGCUCAUCGUCAACUGAACCGCCCUUGUCGUCGCUGUCUCUGACGGAGCAGCAGUGCCGGGACUCCUUCCCCGGCCUGAUGCAGUCCAUCGACGACGUCGUCGCCGAGGGGCCCUUCGAUGUCAGGGAUACCGGUGCAUCGGGGCCGCUGCAGGGGAGAAUCAAGGACGGCAAGAUCUAUGUCGUGAACGCCCAGCGGAGAUCAGACCUCUCAGCUGAGAUGCUCAACUCCAGAACCGCAGCCCUGCACCAGCUCCACCGCGCCAUCAUCACCUCCCCGGAGCCCAUCCCGGACACCGUCUUCACCAUCAACUUCCAGGACUCGCCCCUGAGCACCGGCGCCUCGAUCGGGUACAGCCGCGCCGCUGACCCGCACCUCCGCGGCGGCGGCGGCGGGCAGCACGAUAGCGGCCGCCGCUCGUUCCUCAUGCCGCACUUCUCCUUCUGGGCCUGGCCGCUACGCCACAUCACCGGCGGCACCUUUGACGAGGCAGCGGCCGCCAUCGACGGCCUCGAAGCUCGGUACCGUGGGGGCGGCGGCGACGGCGGCGGCUGGAAAGACAAGGUCCCCACGGCAGUCUGGCGCGGCACGGCCCACUUUCAGAGCGCGCUGCAGCCGGGCCUGCGCAGGGGUCUGCUCAAGACGGCCGGACACGACGGCGGCGGCGGCGCGGGGUGGGCAGACGUGCUCCCGCUCAACGGCACGACGGCGCUGCCGAUCCACGACUUCUGCCGGCACCGGUACGUGAUCCACACCGAGGGUGUCGCCUACAGCGGGCGGUUCCAGCUGCUGCAGAUGUGCCGCAGCGUCGUGCUCACGCCGCCGCUGAUGUGGGUGCAGCACACGUCGCACCUGCUGCGGCCCGUCUUCUCGCGUUCGCUCCUCGGUGGCGGCGGCGGCGGCGGCGGCGGCGCUUCCCGCAAGGGGGCGGCGGUGGCGGAGCGGACGCGGCGGUCCUGGCCGGUGCGGUACGCGGCGUCUGAGGCCAACAUCGUCUUUGUCGCUCCGGAUUGGUCGGACCUGGCCGCCACGGUGGCCUGGCUCGAGGCACAUCCUGAGGUGGCCGAGGGGAUCGCAACCAGACAACGACAGCUGUUUGUAGGCGGGGGCUACUUCAGCCCCGCGGCCGAGACGUGCUAUUGGAGGGCUCUCGUCAGGGGUUGGGGCUCCGUCGCCCGGGUUAGCGAGGACGUCUGGCGCGGGAAGGACGGCGUCCGGUUUGAGAUUUUUAGCUUGAAGAAUGAGCUUUGA